AUCACAUCAUCACAAUACAUUUAAGAGAAAUCGCCAGAGAGUAUAUAUACUACAACUCUAAGCUCAAACUUACAAAAAAGAAGAAGAAAAAGAAGCGAGAAUGGCAUCUGAUCAAUGUCAAGGCAGCACAGGUAAGUAUGUAUGGCCUGAGCUGCUGGGAGUGGAGGGGACAGUUGCGGAGGCAACAAUUGAGAGGGAGAAUUCUACCGUCAAAGUUGAGGUGGUGUUGGAAGGAACCAUUGUCCCCGCAGAUUUCGUAUGCGUACCUGAUAGGGUUCGUGUUUGGGUCGACACAGAUGGCUUGGUUACUAGGGUUCCUGUAAUUGGUUAACUUAAUUAUUAAUAUGUUAUGCAAAUAAGGAGUUGUAAUAUACUCCAUGCAUUAUUUGCGUUGGAAGCAGCCAAUUUUUUUUAGUUAUCUCAAUGUAUUCUGUGUGAAGCUCAAUAUAUAAUAAGAAUGGUUUGAUAAAGUUGACAGUA